CUUUCUCUCUCUCUCUCUCUCUCUCUCUCUCUAUUUCUCUCCGUACGGAAAAAAAACGGAGAGUAGCAUAGCGCUGCUAAAUCCGGCAAAUACGCACAUCGGCGCACACUUACGCCACCCCUACUCAAUGAUAGUCCUCUGUUUCACUCUGCUAAUGUGCGCUGCCCCUUCACACCACGCUAACCUCAACUCCCUUUUAUUAUAACACUGCUCUGUCUGUCAGAGUUUCUUUCUUUUUCUCUUCGAAGCUGUGACAACUAACAAACCAUUUUGCAAUGCGAGCUCUUCUACUAUUUCUAGUGCUGUGCGCACCUUUCUUAUCUUGCGCCGAUCGCAGCGCCGCAACCGUUGCUGAGAUCCAAGCCUUGACGUCCUUCAAGCUCAACCUUCACGAUCCUCUAGGAGCUCUCAACAGCUGGGAUCCCUCCUCGCCGGCGGCCCCGUGCGACUGGCGCGGCGUUGCCUGCACCAGCGGCCGUGUCACUGAGUUGCGCGUACCUCGCCUUCAACUCGGUGGCAGACUCACUGAACGAAUCUCCGAGUUGCGCAUGCUGCGCAAGUUAAGCCUCCGUUCGAACUCCUUUAACGGAACCAUUCCUUCGUCUCUCUCCAAAUGCACACUCCUGCACUCUGUCUUCUUGCAGGACAACUCUUUUUCCGGCGUCAUUCCGCCGGAGAUCGGGAACCUCACCGGUCUUCAGAUUUUCAACGUGGCGCAGAACCACCUCUCCGGAGAAGUCUCCGGCGAGCUCCCUCUUGGCCUCAAGUACUUUGACCUCUCAUCCAACGCCUUCUCCGGCGAGAUUCCAACUGCCAUUGCCAACCUCUCUCAGCUCCAGCUGAUCAACCUAUCGUACAACCAGUUCUCCGGCGAGCUUCCGGCGAGCUUCGGGCAGCUUCAGCAGCUGCAGUACCUCUGGCUCGAUCACAACCUCCUCAGGGGAACUCUACCUUCGGCGCUCGCGAACUGCUCUUCUCUCGUGCACCUCAGCGUUGAAGGAAACGCUCUCAGCGGCGUGAUUCCGUCGGCGAUUUCUGCCCUGCCGAAUCUUCAGGUGAUGUCUCUAUCACAGAACAAUCUCACUGGUUCCAUUCCAGCCUCCUUUUUCUGCAACGUUUCGGUCCACUCGCCUUCGCUUCGGAUAGUUCAACUUGGAUUCAACGGUUUCACGGAUUUCGUGGGGCCUGAGACGAAGAGCACGUGUUUCACUGUUCUUCAGGUUUUGGAUGUUCAGAACAAUCACAUACGAGGCAAAUUUCCCUUGUGGUUAACCAAUGUCACUACGCUAACGGUUCUUGAUGUUUCCAGCAAUGCACUUUCCGGCGAGGUUCCGCCGGAGAUAGGGAGCCUCACCAAACUGGUGCAGUUAAAGAUGGCCAACAAUUCGUUUUCCGACGCCAUUCCUGUGGAAAUCAAGAAAUGCUGGUCGCUGAGUGUGGUUGACUUUGAAGGUAACGAGCUUUCCGGCGAAGUUCCUUCGUUUUUCGGUGACAUGACAGAAUUGAAGGUGCUGUCCCUUGGGGGGAACCACUUCCAUGGCUCAGUUCCGGUGAGUUUUGGUAACCUUUCCUCUCUUGAAACGUUGAGUCUGAGAGGUAAUAGUUUGAAUGGAACCUUGCCUGAUACGAUAAUGGCGUUGAUCAAUUUGACCGUGCUUGACCUCAGUGGAAACAAGUUUAGCGGUGAAGUGUCUCCUACUAUUGGAAAUCUGAAUAGAUUGAUUGUUCUCAAUAUCAGUGGCAAUGACUUGUCUGGAAAAAUUCCUGCUAGUGUGGGGAAUCUUUUCAGGCUCACUACACUUGACUUGAGCAAACAGAAUCUUUCAGGUGAGUUGCCGUUUGAGCUCUCAGGUCUGCCAAAUCUGCAAGUCAUUGCUCUGCAGGAGAACAAGUUAUCUGGUGAUGUACCUGAAGGGUUUAGCAGUUUGAUGAGUUUGCAGUAUUUGAAUCUCAGCUCUAAUGAAUUUUCUGGCCAUAUACCUGAAAACUAUGGCUUUCUUCGUUCGCUGACCGUGCUUUCAUUGGCUCAUAAUCACAUUUCGGGGGUGAUUCCUCCGGAAAUUGGAAACUGUUCUGAUGUUGAAGUUCUUGAGCUUGGAUCGAAUUCUUUGACAGGUCAUAUUCCUGCUGAUAUUUCUCGUCUCAGCCACUUGAAAGUGCUUGAUUUGGGCAGGAACAAUUUAUCUGGAGAUGUGCCUGGGGAUAUUUCCAAAUGCUCCUCGUUGAAUUCUUUGUUAGUGGAUCACAACCAUCUUUCAGGGAACAUACCAGAGGCAUUGACAGAUCUGUCAAACCUAACAAUGCUGGAUCUCUCUGCUAAUAACUUCAGUGGGGAAAUUCCUAGUAAUCUUUCUAUGAUCCCUGGCUUGGUCUACUUCAACGUUUCUGGGAACAACCUUGACGGUGAGAUACCUCCAGCAUUGGGCUCUAGAUUCAACAAUGCCUCUUCAUUUGCAGGUAAUGAGAAAUUAUGUGGGAAGCCGUUGGAUAGAAAGUGCGAGGAGAUGACCAAAAAGGAUAAAAAGAGGUUGAUUGUCUUGAUUAUCAUCAUUGCAUCUGGAGCUUUAUUACUUGCAUUGUGUUGCUGCUUUUAUAUUUUCAGCCUACUCCGAUGGCGAAAGAGACUCAAAGAAGGGGUUUCAGGGGAGAAGAAAAAGAGCCCGGCAAGGGCCAGUUCUGGGGCAAGUGGAGGCCGAGGCAGCACUGAUAACGGUGGACCAAAGCUGGUUAUGUUCAACACCAAAAUCACACUGGCCGAAACAAUAGAGGCGACGAGACAAUUCGACGAGGAGAAUGUGCUGAGCAGAACAAGGUUUGGACUAGUAUUCAAGGCAUGCUACAACGAUGGCAUGGUCCUAUCCGUCCGCAGGCUCCCAGAUGGGGCAUUGGACGAGAACAUGUUCAGAAAAGAAGCUGAAUCAUUAGGCAAAGUCAGGCACCGAAACCUAACAGUUCUAAGAGGCUACUAUGCUGGUCCACCAGACAUGAGACUCUUAGUCUACGACUACAUGCCGAAUGGAAACCUGGCAACACUCCUCCAAGAAGCUUCACAUCAAGAUGGCCAUGUUCUGAAUUGGCCAAUGCGACACCUCAUUGCACUGGGAAUUGCUCGGGGAUUAGCGUUCCUGCACCAAUCCUCAAUGGUCCAUGCGGACGUGAAACCACAGAAUGUCCUGUUCGACGCAGAUUUCGAAGCCCAUUUAUCUGAUUUUGGGUUAGAGAGGCUAACAAUAGCAACCCCAAGCGAAGCCUCAACUUCAGGCUCAGUUGGCACUUUGGGUUAUGUAUCUCCAGAAGCAAUCUUAACCGGGGAAGCCACCAAGGAGUCUGAUGUAUACAGCUUUGGCAUCGUGUUGCUGGAGCUUCUAACAGGAAAGCGCCCCGUGAUGUUCACCCAAGACGAAGACAUAGUCAAGUGGGUGAAGAAGCAACUACAGAGGGGUCAAAUUACUGAGCUACUAGAGCCAGGGUUGCUUGAAUUGGACCCAGAAUCAUCAGAGUGGGAAGAGUUCUUGUUGGGUGUCAAAGUAGGCUUGCUUUGCACGGCACCUGAUCCGCUUGACCGACCAACCAUGUCCGACAUCGUUUUCAUGCUCGAAGGCUGCCGUGUCGGCCCUGAUAUCCCCUCCUCCGCCGAUCCCACCUCUCAAACUUCUCCAGCAUAACAUAAACCCAUCACUGCAAAGUUUGAUUGACAUUAUUUUGUUCAAAGUUCAAUCCUCCUUUUUCUUUUUUGGUUAAUUUGAUUUCAUAAAUGUAACAGUUUGUAGUUCUUAAUUGUUUUUUCUUUGUUGGAAAAAAAAGAGAAAAAGAAAAGAAAGAAUGGAGCCAGUUUUUUCAAUUUUUUUGGGGCCCUUCAAGUGCCGGAGUCGGAGAUGGCUAGGUGGGGACCACAAGAAAGUAAACCAAGUGUAAUCUUAAUCCGUGAUGCUCUCUCGCACUCAAAAACGGUCAACGUCAUUGACAAAAUGGAGGGUCGAGGUCCACGUGGACGAGUGUGGACAAAUUGGGGGCGGGAAUGUGGACCCCUACGGUGGCAUUUCCCGCCAAAAGGCAACGGCAUCAUGAAACAGUGUAGUAGGCACUGUUCCCGUCACCUGGUUUUCUGACAUCAUCAUGUGGUUCAUUUACUCAGUUUUCCGGCAACGGGGUUGGUUGAAGCUAGCUAGCCGUUAAGGUUGUGGGGUCCGAGGUUCAUGUUCCCAAGAGGAAAUGCAAUGACAUCGGUGUUUGGUGUGCUCAGUCUGGUGCUCCUGCAGUCUCAGUGGACAAUGUUCCGCUGUACCUCACUGCACCACGUCGUUUCUUCAGCUGCCUCAUUCAAAGCUUGGUUGUUUUUGUUUCAAUUUUAAUUUUUCAUUUCUUGCUUAUUGAUGAUUGAUUCAUUGCGAGGAAAGAGAAAUUGGCGUGAGGAACGGCGUUAGAGUGGAUAAUAUGAUUGGCUUUUACAAGCAGUUGGCCCACGCCUCAUCUACUCUUGAACUUUUUGUGGGUCACUCUCAUAUCCAUCCACUUAUUGGAUUUGAAUAGGAUUCUGUCUUCUUGCCUCUCUUUCUUUUA